AGAAAGAAAGUUCAUUCGAAAAAAUUUGAAAAAAAGACGCGGCGGGUUGCAGCAGCAGUGAAUCAGCAGCUACACCUGGCAGCAUAGUUAGUGAAAAGUCAGCCGUUACCCAUAAACAACAUUUAUCCACAAACAUCUCUUCUACUGGAUACCUUUAUCCAUCGUGCGCCAAGAUGCCCAAAGUUCACGAUACACAGGACCACAACAACAUAUCUCAUCGCUUGAAUGGCAUGCGCCUGCGUCAUUCUUCCUCCUCCAAACGACGAUACUCCUAUUGUGCUGGAUGCCUUGACACAUCAUCGUGCGCCAAGAUGUCUAAAGUUCACGACACACGGAACCACAACAAUAUAUCUCGUCGCAUGCUCCUGCGUCUUCCUUUAGGUUCCUCCUCCUCUUCAUUGAUGUGUUUAUUGUCUUCAUCAUCGCAUCAAACAAUUAAAUGCCAGAAGAUGCUUGAAGCAUUUGACGACGAUAGCUCUAGCACGCGUAGCGGAAGUACGAGCACGAGGGAUCUAAGUAGUGACGGCCAGCAAUCCGACUAUGAGGAAUUAUCAUCCAAUGGUAGAUUAUUCACGCGAAGAGACAUGAUUCCAUUUAAUUUGAAGCUGAAGGAGUUGCGAGUGAAGUUGUCCGAUGUUCUACACAAUGAAAAGCAUCAAAAAUUAGUCACAGCAGCGCUCGCAAGAUCCUCUUCCGCGUCCAACAAGAAUAAAAUGAAACUCUGGGAAGUGGAGAAAAUUCUACAAAAGCGUGAACAUAGGGGACAACCACACUAUCUAAUCAAGUGGAAAAACUGGGAUAUCAAUCACAACUCAUGGGAACCGUUGCAGAAUCUCAACUGCGAAGAACUGGUACAUGAAUUUGAGAAUGAGCGGAAAGAGUUGAUUACUCAAUUCAAGAUAAUGGCGAACUUCUAUCCAGACAAAUUCGAUGUUGAGCUUCUUCUGGCACGAAAAUAUGAAAAAUGUAAUAAAACGAUCAUUGACGCUACAGACGAUGCUAUUGUUGCCAUCGCUGGGGAUACUAUGUACGUCAAAAUUCGACGGUACCUAAAUUCAAACUCGCGUAAUACCGAGUUAGAGCAAAAAAUUAAACGACAGAUGUUGUUCAUGCUGAUGCUUGAGCUGCGGCGUGACCAACUCGAAUCCCUAAAGAAGUGGGAGACCAAAAUGAAUGAUGUUGCGAAGGGUAAGCCGAUGAUAAAAGUGGAGAACCUGGUGGAUCUGACGAGUGCACCGCAAAACUUCGAGUAUAUCAACGAGUAUGAAUCAGAUGAAGAUCAGAUUAAGAUACCGGAUGAUCCACCGCUCGGUUGCCAAUGCGAAGGCAUGUGUGGGACCGAUAAGAAGUCCAAUUGCUGUUUUGCGCAAAACAACAACAAGCAAACAUUGCCAUACACUUCGACCGGCCAGUUACGCGUGAUUGCAGGGACACCUAUCUACGAAUGCAACAAGCGUUGCACUUGCGAUGAGACUUGUCCGAAUCGGGUGGUACAAUUAGGUACCAACGCACAAUUGUGCAUUUUUCGAACGAACAAUGGACGUGGCUGGGGUGUGCGCACCCAGUGCGCGAUCAAGAAAGGUACUUUCGUGAUUAAAUACGUGGGUAAAGUGAUUAAAAGCAAGGAUGCAGAUAAUUGUAGUAAAGAGUACAAUGAGACAGGUUGUACAUAUCUCUUUGACCUUGACUAUAACCAACAGCCGUGCCCGUAUACCGUGGAUGCAACUAAGUGUGGCAAUGUGUCACAUUUCAUUAAUCAUUCUUGCAAUCCCAAUCUCAAAGUCUCGGUGGUUUGGAUCAACUGCCUGGAUCCGGAUUUGCCGGAUCUCGCGCUAUUUGCUCUCAGGGAUAUUGAACAUAAUGAAGAACUUACAUUCGAUUAUGGUACGCAGAUGUCGCGCAACAAUGUGACUUCGACAAAUAGGGACGCUUGCAAGUGUGGUGCCGCAAAUUGUCGGAGAUAUUUGUUUUAA